UGCCGAGUGCUGCGCCAUGGCCCGUCCGUCGCCGACCACCGGCGCCCCCAGCGCGCUGCUGCUGCUGCUGCUGUCUCUGCUGCUCGCCUCCUCCUCCUCCUCCUCCUCCUCCACCGCCACGCCGGAAGACCUGCUGAGCUCCGUCGUGGACGAGUGCCUGGGCGCGCGUGGCCUGCCCAUGUCCUGCCUGCGCCUCAAGGUGCUCGACUACCUGGACGCCACCACCGGCUCCGGUCCCGCGGCCGCCACCGGCCGCUCCGCCUCCGACAUCGACGCCGACGCCGAGCACCUGGACGCCAUGAUCCUCAGCCGCGCCCAGAGGUUCCUAGAGACGCACCAGUUCAAGCUGCAGCUGCCGGAGUUCGCUUUCGGGCGCGCCGAACUCAUCUUCAGGCCCUCCAAGGGACUCGCGGAUUUCGACGUCAAGUUCCCCACCGAGAGGUCGGAGUCGGAGAAUGAAACUGAGAGGUCGCUAUCCGAAGCCCGUGGCAUGCUGAAGAAGAAGUUGCUGAUGCCCCUCCUGCUGCUACUGAAGCUGAAGAUGAAGGCGCUCACUCCGAUCUUCCUUGCGAUCAUCGGCAUCAAGUCGCUGAAGGCGUUCAUCAUGAGCAAACUGGCGCUGCUGCUGGUAGUGGGCUUCCUGGUGGUGCAGCUGUGCAAAAAGGCGGGCAUGAUGAUGCCCAUGCCCAUGUCAAUGGAACCGGCGCCCGCCCCGCCCAUGCCCUACGGGCCUCCGGCCCCGGCUCCGCCACCCACCAACCAGUACGGCCCCCCCACCAACCAGUACGGCCCUCCUAGCAACGAAUACGGCCCACCCAGCACGCAGUACGGCGCGCCCACGGGCUGGGACGCGUCCGCUGCCGGAGGCGGAAACGGCAACGGCAAUGGCAACGGCAACGGGAACCCGUACGCGCGGGUGUGGGACCCCCAGCAGCUGGCCUAUAGCGCGUACUACUCCCAGCAGCAGCCGCAGCCGCAGCAAGCCACGGCCACCACGGCGGGCACCCAGGCACAGUAGUAGAUUCUUACAAGCUGAGGGAGACUGAAAAAACUCUGCUGAGUUAAUGACACCGUAUUUAUUUAUUUGUGUUUUCUUCGACAUGAAAAACGAGAAGAAUUAUGACGUCCACCACUUUGUUUCAGACAUACGUCUGAAAACAAUGUUGGAAGUAUAGGUAGCUGCUGAUACUUCCUGCUGCUGACUGAACUCAGGCGUGACGUGAGAACUGUUCCUAGAUUCUCAGGAUAUUAGUCCUAAGGGCGACAGUUUACUUCAGGAAGAAACACAUCAUGCCAAAGAUUUAUUUAUUAAUAUUGUAUACGUGUCUCAAAUGAAACAUUAUUUAUUAAUAAAAGACAUUGAUUGAUU